AUGUUACCUGAAUAUGGAAAUUAUGAAGUAAAAUCGCAUGAAAAGGCAUUCCAAAUGCAGUUGAUAACCCAUCGCCCGCCUAAUAACAACUAUACAAAUCAUCGAACUCCGCAACACAAUCAAUAUCAUCGCUAUCGCAACGGAGGCUAUCGCAACGGUAGCAAUAAUAUGGGCGGACGCAGUUAUUCAAAUGGUUGGAACCAUUAUGAUAAUAGUGGUAUGCGUGAUUACAAAGAACCCCCUCCGGACUGGAAGAGAUUCGUCGAAAUAACUUUCAUGGUUAGUAAAGUCCCUCAAAAGGCCGACGUUUCGGAAAUAAGAGAGGCAUUCUCUUCUCAUGGAAACAUUUAUAAAGUCGAAUUUGAAACGAGAGAUUCUAUGGAGGGUGAACAGCCAACCGGAGCUGUGCGUGUUACGUUUAGGCCCGUGCCCUCAACUCCAUUUUGGAGAGAACCAGUACGUUUUCAUGGGAAAGACUUACAAGUUGAUUAUUUGGACCAUAUGUCGGAUCAUUUCUGUGACUAUACUGAUAAUAAAAAAUUUAAGUUAAGGUUUCAUUCGUUAAGAGCGGAAAGUUUAGAGAUGGGCGUCUAUAUGCAACCAGAAGUUUUUGUUUCAGAAGUGAAAUAUUCUGAACUCGUACAAUUCAUCAUUAAUUAUCAAAAACGUAAUAUUUCUGUUGAAUUUGGUAUUAAGAACUUACAACAAUAUUACAUGUUUAAGAUGGAAAUCGAAUUUAAGGAUAUCGACGGUGAGAUCCAUGCUGAACUUGAUGACUCAAGACAAAGAUCACGGGGAAUAAUAACUAUUGCUAACAAAUUUCCUGCAAGGUAUUGGAUGUUCGACAAUAGGUUACAAUCAAAAAAUCAAUUCAAUUGGAGAAUGUCCGACUCUUGGAAGCGUAAAACUGAAAUACGAGUUAAAAAAAGUAAUACGGAUGGUAUACCCCUUCAACCACAUAUGCCAGAUAAUAGUGAACAACUGGGCAAAUGGGUUGUUUUUAGAAUUACCUUUGACCUGGAUGGAGUUGCCAAUACUCAUAGAGAAGGGUUCAUUCUAUUCAAGGAGAUGAUGCAAAAAGCGAGCGAAUACAACCUAGCUCCCAAGAACGCCAUUAACAAAAGGCCGCUACGUAUUGUUGAUGGGAUUAAUAUGCGCAAAUGCGUGGAACGUUCAAUGUUAAAUUAUGACGUUCUUUAUAUGGUUGAAUGUAACCUUUCAUUCAACUUUUUGCACGACUAUAAUUUGAAUAGCGAGUUCUUUUCACUGUUGAACAGUCUGCCAACAGAAUCAGCAACAUACAUCAUGGAGACGAUCUAUGCAAAAAAGAAACGUCAGUUUGAUCCAUUGUCGUAUUUAAGAUAUGAGUCCAUGAGACAUGUCGAGAGGAAGCCGAGGCAUGUGCCAUCCUAUUGUGCAAUGAUGCGUAAGGUUGUAGUAACCCCAACAACCAUGUACAUCUUGGCUCCGACCAUGGAGACUUCCAAUCGUGUGAUACGUCACUUUCACCAUAUGAAGGACAACUUUUUGCGUGUCCAAUUCGUGGAUGAAGCAUCUAACAAAGUUAGUUCGACCAAUGGAACUCAUAACGAUGCCUUGUAUAACAAGAUUUUCAAAGUUUUAUGCGAUGGUAUCAAGAUCGGGGAUAGGCACUACGAAUUUUUGGCAUUUUCAUCAAGUCAACUGAGAGAUCAUUCAUGUUGGUUUUUUGCUCCAACCGCUGAUAAAUCUGCGGAUGAUGUUCGCAAAUGGAUGGGGACCUUUUCAACUAAUAAAAGUGUCGCCAAAUAUGCUGCUCGUAUGGGGCAGUGUUUUUCAAGUACUCGUGCAAUCGCGCGUCUGCCAGUUAACGAUAUCGUAAAAAUCCCUGAUCUAAUAAGAAAUAAUUAUACGUUUUCAGACGGCGUAGGAAAGAUCUCUUAUGCUUUAUCAAAAAGAGUGGCCGACACCUUAGAACUAAAGACCGUUCCUAGUGCGCUCCAAUUUCGACUUGCUGGGUAUAAAGGAGUAUUAUGCCAAUCAAAAUUUCUGCGAAAAAAUCAAAUUCAAGUGCGUCCGAGCCAAGAAAAGUUCGCGUCGAACCACUAUGUAUUGGAGGUUAUAAGAGGGUCUACCUUCAUUCCAGCAUAUCUCAAUAGGCAAGCUAUUACAUUGUUGUCUGUACUAGGAGUACCCGACAAUGUAUUCAUUGAUAUGAAAAAUGCGCAGGUCAAUGAGCUAGAUAAAAUGCUUAAAAACGAGAAUAACGCCGUAACUGUUUUACAUAAAAACAUCGAUGAACACGGCGUAACCAAAUCUCUGGCAGACCUUGUGAAGGCCGGAUUUUUACAGAGCAAAGAUAGAUAUCUAAUGAACUUGAUAUCUUUAUUCAGCAUUAUGAUGUUGAGGGAUCUUAAGAAAAAAGCUAAGAUUCGUGUAGACAAAGGUGCAUUUUUGUUAGGAGUUUUGGACGAAACGGAGGCUUUAAGAGAGGGUCAGGUGUAUUGUUGCGUCUCUGAUCCGGUAAACCCUUCCAGUAGGAAAGUGAUUACGGGACCUUGUAUUGUGUACCGUAAUCCUUGUUUUCAUCCUGGAGACAUACGUGUCGUUACUGCAGUGCCAUGCCCUGCUUUGAGUCACCUUGUCGAUGUGGUGGUAUUCCCAGCGGUGGGCUAUCGUGAUAUUCCUAGUGAAUGCAGUGGAGGAGAUCUAGACGGUGACGAUUUUACCAUCAUAUACGAUGAGCGCUUAAUGCCAAGGAUUCGAAACUAUGAUCCGAUGAAUUACGAGGCGCCAAAACCUGAUUUGGUAGAUGAAGUAACCAUGACGCAUAUCAAGCAGUUUUUCGUGAAUUAUAUCUUGUCUGAUCAACUGGGUAUGAUCGCGAAUGCCCACUUGGCAAAAGCCGAUCACUCGGAUAGUGGCGCAUUUCAUGGGCAAUGUAUACGCCUUGCGCAAUUACAUUCUGAAGCCGUGGAUUUCCCCAAAACAGGAAGACCGGCAAUCUUUCCAAAUGAGCUCCGAGCCCGUUCUUUCCCAGACUUUAUGGAAAAGCCCGACAAAAAUAGCUAUGAAUCUAAAAAGGUCUUGGGUAUUAUGUACCGCUCUAUUGAGGUUGCAGAGUUCGAACCCUAUACCCGUUUGAAUUUUGAUGAAAGAUUAUAUGUGGAAGGAUAUAGAGCGUAUUUAGAGGAAGCAAGGGUUCUCAAAAGAACAUACGAUGAGGACAUCAGAGGAUUGAUGAACCAGUUUGGUAUUAUGACUGAAUUUGAGGUAGUCAGCGGAUUUAUCGUAAACUCGGUCACGAAAGUUGAUCGAAAGAAGCCGCGCGACGUCACGAAAUCUGUUUUAGACGCUAUGGGUCCAUUAAAAAAGCAUUACAGGAGAAUAUUUGAAAAAGAGUUUUAUGGUGAAGGAACUAAUAUGGUUUCACCAGAAGCUCGUAAUCGAAUGGAGGCCAAAGCAUUUGCGUGGUAUUAUGUAACGUAUCAUCCUUCCGAAUUGGGAGACGAUGCUUCGGAAAACAUGAUCACAUUUCCUUGGAUUGUUCAUGAUACAUUAUGCGAAAUCGCCAUUCGAAACAAUAAUAGAGCGAAUAAUCCUUUCCAAGACAUUCCCCGGCAGAACUCACCUCAUGAAACUAAUGGAACAAAUGGCUUUAUGGAUCAUCAAUCUACUAUCAGUAUUCAUCAUCAUACCACCACCGCCGUGUAUAAUAAUGGCAAUGCUAUGUAUGAUGACAUUCCUGAUGAUUCGGAUCAAUUUAUUGAUGACUUUAUUGACGACGAUGAUGACGGUAUGGAAAGAUUGAUGCAAUCUAUUAGGGGACAGAGACAUGGGUAA